AUGGGAUCAUCAAUAUCUGGCGUUCUUGCCGAGGUGGCAAUGCAGCAACUGGAAUUGGCAGCUCUUACAUUAGUUAGCCCCAAGUUGUCGGUACGAUAUGCUGACGACAUAUCUGAUGUCGUUGAAAAGGAUCAACUGGAAACGCUCCACAAUACCAUCAACUUAAUCACUGCGGGAACUAAAUUCAUGUUGGAAAACGAAGUUGGCAGUAACCUCCAAUUUCUUGGUGUUCUCAUAGAGCGAGAGACGAACGGAGCGUUACACACGUCCGUUUACCGCAAAGAAACAUAUGCGGAGGUACUUCUACAUCAUAAGAUCAACAAUCCAAUCUCUCACAAGCGAGGUACUGUCAAAAGUCUGCUACAUCGAGGAAAAACACGUUUAUCUGAAGAAAAAACCACCAAAGUAAAUUACCUGCCUGAAAUAUUUUCCCAGAACGGUUGCUCUAGAGAUUUCUUACGUCGCUGCACUAGAGAGCAAAGGAUAAAAACAAAAGAAAUAGAUAGUUCCAAUCAAGCGCUCAAAGAAAACACUUGGCGAAUCAUUCCUUACGUCGGGAAUGUGUCUUGACUUGUUGAUAAAACACUUGAGAAAACACUAAAUAAAAGUGGCACAAAAGCCAACGACUACUUUACGCACUGAGUUUGCACACCCUCAGUAUGGCGUUGGUUAUCCUGAUAAGAAAGAAGUCGCCCAUAUGCUCCCAUGCGAUGCCUGUAAUACUGUAUAUUGUGACCAAACGGUAAAAUUUUGCUGUACGCGCAUCCACGAACAUCAACGGGCAGUUAAGAGGCGAGACUACCUGUCUCAAAUGGCCAUGCACACCCUCGAUACCGGGGACACCUUCGCAUGGGACAAAACCCGCACCGUCGGAGUUUGCCCUUUCAAAAAAGGCCGAGAGUUUCUUGAUGAAUCAGGCAUCAAUCGGCACAUUGAGUUAGAUGCAAUGUGCAGAAAUUUCAAGGAAAAGUGGAAGGGACGAGAGCCGACCAGCACGGAAUGACGCACACGGCGGCCGCUUACUAGCGCAAAAACCAAAUGAAUAUUGGCUUUUCAGUACGUUUGAAGUGUUAAUUGUUUUCGCACAUUUACUCAAGUCUGGCGAUGACCUGGAAAACCAUCGUUGACAUUGCCUAGUAAAGUUCCGUAUUUAUCCCAAGAAGCGUGUUUGCUUUCAAACUAUAUUUCCUAGGAGGCCUGCAUUCUAAUUCACAUAUAUAUCAUAUAUGUGUGUAUAUAUGGCAGCUGGGCGCUGAUAGAUCGCGUUUGGAAUUUCACUCGUCGCGUUGUGCCUUACGGGCUCUCUCUCUGGAGCCCAACUAGUAGUCGCAUAGCGGCGUGUAAUACAAGCAGAGUGGCAUUGCCGACAAAGACAAGGGAGACUGAAAUGGCCGUUUCUGGCUUAUAUAUACAUGUUAGGGUAAUAAUCUCAGCGAUUAUUAUGUGCAAGGGACUGAGGUAUCGGGGAAAUAAGAUGUAGUGUUAGAUCUUAAAUGUCAAUGAAAAAUUGAGUCAACACAAUCAUAUACUCUGAAAGUAACAGGUAUUGCUCAUUCAGAUUUGAUCCUAAGAAAUUAUGUCCAAAACGCCUAAUUCCAUGUCCUACGACUAAUAAUUUCUGAAACUGUUAUAUUUAUUAUUCUUUGGAAUCCACAUACCAAAAUCUGUAUAGAAAACAGUGGGGAACCUUUGAAAACCCGAAUCCCUUGCAGUUUCGUCAUUCGGAGCCAGAAACAUCGGAGAAUCACAUGUCUGUUUUUAGGCAGUAUCUUUGUCGGGAGUACUGUAUGGUAAUCUGUCAUAAAAAAAUUUCAAACUAGUAGUAUUAAUCUUUAUAUUUGAUUUUCUUCGACCGGACAUCCGAAUCCAUGUCUUGGACUUAGUGAUUUCUGAAAUUUUUAUCUUGCUUUGGAAAGCCUACUGCAUGAAUCCAUAAACGCACGCUAAAAUGGCAUGCGCGGUGAUAGCAUUUUUAAUCGCCUUAUUUGGGGAGUGUCGUGCGGUGUGUAUUUAAGGUUCUUUCAGUAACAACAUUAAGGUUUUCGAUGUACCUAUAAACUCCUAUUCAUUUAACGCCUCAGUGGAAGAUAACAAUAAAUUAAUCACAAAAUUUUAGGUGAUUAGUGAAGUCCGCCUUUAAGAAAUUUAAACUUCCAUUUAAUUUGUAACUGAAGCUAAAGUUUUGUCGUGUUUACAUCUAACAUAAAACAUUGCUCUACUUCAAAACAUGGGUUUUCACGGGACAUGCGUAGGACCGAUUAGUGAAAACGGUCCCACAUAUAUCAUGAAUCUUCUCUGGAAGCGCUAUUGAUCAACUUUAAAAGUUGCAAGACGUAUUCUCUAGGGAGUAAAUUAGGUUCUCCAGUCGUAAGCUUGCUGAUCGGUUACAGCGCUGGACUGUCCCACCCAGAGCAGCUUUAUGGUUCUACCAAAUUGUACACCACUGUGCCUCUUUGGUUUCGAGAAAAGGGGCCUUGGGCGAAAUUAUACCUUUGAUAAGAAGCCAAUCUCUAGAAGCUGAAUAUGAAUCAAUUUUAACCACCUACCUGCUCUUCGCGACCUCGAUGAUCCAAGAAUUCGACAACAGGCAGCUCCUGAUUAAGCCGAACUGAUUUAAUUACAUGGGAGUAUUGGUGAAUUUCUGAGAGAGUGGAUCUGUGAUGGAUAAAUAAGUUGGGAUUGCUUUCACGGGUCACGGGACAUGUUCGUCCCUUUAUGCUAUAGGGCUCGAACCAGAGACUUGCCGGCAAUCGCACGACGACUUGUAACAUACGCAGGAGUAGCCUAACAAUUAACAUAUACCACGCUCCUGACUGUUUGCAAAUGGUUGCAAAUCACAGCAUUGUUCGGCUUCUCUUCUGUACCCUAAAAAGUCAAUGCGCAAGAAGAUACAAGAUCUAUUUCAAUGAGAACUGGGUUUGCGAAUUCGUUCCUUGUGAAUUUCUGAAGUCCAAAAAUCGGCAGAGGCAGCUUCAAUUCCCACUGUCAAAUCACAUCAGGGUUUUUUGUGGUUUAUUACCUAGUCAUAGGUAUGACCGUCGCUGCCACUACUUACAUAGUUGCCAUUGACAGAAACAGUGGUAUUAUCAGAACUUUGUUGGUGUCACACACGAGAUGGCCAUAUACCUCCUCUCCUCAAUCACUGAAUCACCGCUGAAUAUGAUGUGGAAUUAGGCUUUGACGAUUAAUUGAUGAAACUCUUGGUCUCAGCUACGUUGGUCAUUGCAUAAACUUGAGGCUGUCAGCUUAUUUGCCAGAAAAAGGCAUCAUGAAUAAGUCAACAGAUUUCUGUUCCCAAUCACCACAUUUAUAGAAUGGUGUUUUACACGCCUAAGCACUGCGGAGUAAGAACAAAGGAGCUCGAACUGCGCAUUGUAAAUUCCAAAGUGCACCCUUGAGUGUGCUUCGCUAGCAGUGAUCAUCAUCCACGCAUUCGUCCCUUUCCACCGAAUAAACCUCGGGAUUAGAAUACAUCAAGUAGCCCUCCGUGAUUUCUAAGUUUAAGAACGGCAACGCUGGAAAAAUAUUCCGUUAACAGAGCCCGCAAGCAAACUUCCGUCGGGUAGGGCGACCCUAUGGGCACCGCUGUUUAAGCGCAAUUACCACUGGCGUCAUCGUCGAUGCUGCCCUCAACAGCACCCAUAAUUGCAUUCUCGCAACCAUUUUGUAGAGGUCAAUGCACGAGGAGGUGGCCCGUGAGUUCCGCUUUUCGAUGGCCCGCUCAAGUACUCGCGACUUUGGUGCAGAAUCGGCUCUAGCCCUGCCUCCGCCACCCUCUCAGUGCAUUCCCACGAAGGAGUGUCGCAUUGCCUCACUGGCCUACGCCCCCUGUCUGCCCGCAACUGUGCGCCCUCCGGGGUCCCGUGCCUCGUCAGCCCGUUUCUCCGACCGACGGCUCUCCGUCUUCGACGUGACACUUUUGCACCGACGCUGCUCUGGCAAUCGGCGUUCCCGCAGCUCAACGUCCAGCCAAAUGAAUGCAGGUAUCCCUCCUACCCCGCACAAGGCUCCUUUCGCACGUAUUUAGCCAUGCAACCGGAUGGCUGUUUGUUGUUUUACCCUAUGCUUGCUGUUUAAAUGGAACUUUCAGUCUUUUUAUUUACUCCACCUUCUCAGAAUUCCAGGCUGAACUCUGGGUGGUGAAUUUAGGAAUCAAGCUGGGUCAAUUAUUAGAGUUCACACAGCCUCCUAAUUUACAUCUUGAACAGUCUACUGACGAUUUUGCCGUUUUGAACCUGUUUAUGGGGAUUAUGUCUGAACCACACUUUAGUACACACCAAGCUGUCAAUUGCUGUUACACGUAGCCGGAAUACCAAGAAGGAGAAAUUGAAACCGGUGGAGCAAUCCUGGCGUCAUGGAACGGCAAUUCAUAGUAAACUGUGAUUUAAUUUGUAAGCCCAUGCGGCAAUAAAUACCAGGAAGGAUGUGUGAAGGCUUCUCAACGAAAGAAGAACAUGCAGGCUAAGAAAACACUAAGCAAGGGUUACUAAAGAUAAAGAAAACGUAAACCUCCAUAUGGGUUCACCUAAAGACAAUCUUCUGGACGAUUUGGAAAUGCAUGCCAACGUUACAGCCCUUACGUAACUAGUUCUUACCAUAACAUCAUGUUUACCAUUGUUAUGUGAUAGACCUGCCUUUUCCUUCUAAGGACACGUUUUAUUUCGACUGCUUUGCCAAAGCCUGUUAUAUUGGCACCUCUCACAGUCAACCAGAAGUCCAGUUCUCAGUUGCUUAUACUUUGUUCAUAUUUUAAGCAGCUCUUAAAUGGACUGUGAGUGAGCACCGAUUGAUAGGCAUAGAGCAGAUCGAACGUUAACGAAACUUUGUCUCCGUGGCCAGACCCGAAGGUGCAUGCUAUUAAAUAAGCUGACUUUAGAGGGUUGAUUCGGACAACGGCAAUACCUAACUCCAGACACAAAGAAGUUUUAUGGGAAAGUAAAACGACGGAGUCGGUAGAGCAUGCAUUGAGAACGCAUAUUUUGGGUAGGGAAAUCGCCUUUAACAUGCGGAAAUGCGACAAUAGCUUGCAUCCGCUUCGUCUUUCCGUCCACGAAAAUUGCAUAGAGAUUAUUUAAAGUGGACUCAAAUAGAACGAGAGAUGGCCGAAAAUGUAGAAAACCACGUGAACCAAAGUAUGAAGUUGCUUUUUCCUACUUAGCCGGAAUGCUUAUCCCGAAAGGUAUCGGAGUACAUUACAGGAAAGUGUCACACGAAUGACAAUACGCAUACCGAAGAGCUUAUAAUGCCGACUGCAUUCUACGAGUCCUGUUAAAGCAUUCUAGGCAGAAGAGGAAGACAAAUUGCUUCUACUGCGGUCUGGGUCCUCGGAUGUGAAUUAUUUGCACACAUCUCAGUCCAGAUGACAAGUUGUCAAGUGUUAGUAAGUUUUAAAUAAUUUAUCAUCAACCCAAUAUAAGGCAAUAUUGAACUUUUUCCUAAAACCCGUUGUUGUCCUUGUGUGACCAGUUAUGCAUGGAACAGAAUAAUGGGGAGGGGUUCACAUUAUUUAGAGUCGGGAAAACAGUGGAGUAAUUAGUUCAGUUUCGUUUGCAUACGAUCAAACAGGAAUUGAAAGGAGACUAUGCAGCUGGAGGGGGAAUUUUAUUCUAAUUCAAGGGAAUAAAGUUCUUGUGUCAGCCUGAUGCUGAAUAUGCAUAUCCUUCCCACCUGCUCUAUUAUUAUGCUCCACCUAUAACUGAUUCCGACAGUCCAGCAACCAAGCUUCCAAUUGCCUGUUUGUUAAUCCUAAUUAAACUCCAAUGCAUAACUGCAUUGUCCUAAGGCAACAGCAUUGAAGACAUACGUACGUUUACCGUGUUGUACUCUGAAUUCGUCGAUGAAAUUUUUCGUACAUCUGGAUAUGAUAUGCUUAGGUGGCAAGGCUCGAUAUAACAGACCCCUUCCUGUUUGUAAAUCCCGUCAACAUCAUCUAAAGGCAGUAGAAGCGGCUGCCCUUGACAAAACUGGACCAACUUAUUGCAUGCAUGUUAAGAAAAGCUGAAUGGGUUAUUGCGGAAAGUGGAGGAAAACAACGUAGUGUCCUUUAACUUGGCUUUGUCAACGCAAAUACUCUGCGUUUGUUUCCAAUGCAGGACAUGGACGACUGCCCCACAAAAAUCAGAAGCAUGCUACUGAUAUGGUCGUAGGAGUGCUCACAAGUGUGUUACGGAACUCACUCAUCCCGUUGUGUCUUAGGGCUACUGAUAUGCAUGGACACUCGUAAAUACGCAAAGCCUAGUUUGAUAUAGCCAAUUCCUUCUUAUUGACUUUCAUGAUGGGUGGAAAUAUGGUUUAAAACCCAUUUCUGACGUUUGUUUCGUGUCAGUGCAGUUUACCGCGAUUAUGCGCUCUCUUACCGUCAUUCUGGAACUACUGUCAUCACAACCAGAAAUGCUGCUUUACUUCCUUUUCAGGAAUGCCAAAGGACAAUGUUGCGGGUCUAAGGAGUAAAACGGGCGGCGUUACCUCGAACUCAACACGGCCACUCCUGCCUGAGGUUUCGGGACCGGAGAGAGGAAGAACGCCAAAAGCCUCGCCGACUGCCAGUGGAAGGUGUGAUCAGAAUGCCCUGACCGAGCCUGCACGUUCACCAGCUCCGGUCAAAUCCUUUACUUCGCCGCAGAUGUAUCACCCGGCCACGAGAACGCCGGGGAGGAGGUCGGAUAGAUGUGCGGCAGAAGAACAAUCGGGCCAAUAUUCUGAGAGGGGGCCGACGUCAGCAGACUCGAAGCUAACUCACUUCGAUGGACAGAUCGCUGACCCCCAUCGAAGCUGUCCUGCUGAUAUACGAAUGAAAAAAUUCACCUGUUAG